UGAUGGUGAUGGUGCUGAAAUGUCAUAUGUGGUUUCUACACAAUUUUUCAUCUCUUCUGUGUGACCAUCUGUUUUUUCUGUGGCGCUACAACGUUUGGCCACAUGGAGGUGGUGUCCCUGAGGCACGCUUGUCUUUUUAUUUGGGGGGGGGCAGUUUGUGCUUUAAUAAUUUCAGCGACUGCAGAAGAAUUUGAACGCCACCGUGGCUUGAAGGUCCAUAUCCUGCUCCUCUGAUUGCCCCCCCCCCCCAACUUUUUCACAUUUUUUAGGAGAACCCCCCCCCCAUACACUUUUCCAGAACAUAAAUGGUGGAUCUUCCUGUGUUUGCAUGUUCUCCCCGUGCAUGCGUGGGUUUUCUCCGCUUAAUUGGUUACUCUAAAUUAAUUGCCCUGCGACAGACUGGCGACCUGUCAACGGGGCAACGGCAGCCAUGUGACCCCGAAAGGGAUGAAACGGGUUUAGAAGAUGAAUGAAAAAAGAAAGUGAGAUGAUGGCGGGAUUCAUCCUUGCCCCCUCCCCCUUUACAAGCUAUAACAGGUUAUAUCAAUACUUUCUUGGGAGGGGAGGGGGUUUGUCACCCCUCACAGCCAAUAUUUCCUGUCGUGAGGGGACCCCCCCCCCCCCCCCCCCCCCCCCCCCCGUAUUCAAAGGGGCAGCAUUUACACAAACUAGAAAAAAAUUGCAACAUUUAUCCUUCCGCCAGCCAGCCAGUGACCUUUGGGGGGGCUCUGACGCCAGCGUACAGUAUAAAACCUCAGCAGAAGGAAGGCAUCUCCAGCAGUUGGCCCAAACCUGCUCCUGCGCCCCCCCCUCAUAUCUGCGGCAGAAUGAAGGGUCUGAGCAGCUUCUCCUUCGCGUUUUUCCUGCUGGCUGCCUUCUUCUCGGUGUCCUGGAGCGCUCCAAAGGGCUCCUUCCAGAGGAGAAACUGGACGCCGCAGGCGAUGCUGUACCUGAAGGGCACACAGGGGCGCAGGUUCGUCUCUGAGGACCCCACAGAGGCAGAAGUCUUUGACGCACUGCACUUAGAGACCCGCAGCCAGAACACAGAGAAGCUGAGCGUGGACCGGGCCGCCGCCGUCCUGCUCAACUUCCUGCAGCAGGCUAGGGAUGGAGCUGAUGAAAACCCGGAUGAGGUGUAUUUCCAGGAGCUGCCUGUGUGGAAGAGAGCUUACUUCUGAAGGAGUCUGUGGUUCCGUCUCACAAACAUGCAGCUGUUUUUGUGAAUGCUCUGUAAACUUUUAAUAAAAAGAUUUGAACUCUCAGCAA